UUUAUUAUAGCUUUCUAUUUUGGAAAGAUGUGGCACCUAAGGGUGUGUUGCACCUAAACACAGUUUAGAGCUAGUCUAGGAUUUCUUGAUCUGGACUUUAUUUUAAAUCGAGUUGUGCUGCACCACUUCACUUUAAACACAGAUUAAUAAAUCGGGGAUUAGAACUACGGUUCAUGUGUCCACACUGCGACAGCACGUUUCAUAAACAUGGCAAUAUCUGAAUUCUCCAGUGUAACUAAACAGCAACAAUUGUAACUCUUUCUUUCUUGAGUGACUACAAAGGGCUCGUGAACUUUAUAAUGUGAAUGAAACAAAAACAACUGCCGUUAUUAACCGCUCAUUCACAUAACAGAGACACUGAGAAAAUGGCGCAGUGUGUUAGAAGCUCAAAUUUUACAAGCCAUGAGACAUUUAUUAAAUCAAUUAAUGGAGCAAUAUGGAACAAAAAUCGAAGACAAAAGGACAGAUAACACGACAAUUAAAUAGAAAGAAGAUGCCUGGGUCCAGCUCUCCGCUGAUUUCAGUGCUUCUGUGGGGAUUAAAGACAAGUGAGAUGUUAAUAAUGUGAAAGUCUGCUGGAAAAUCCUCAAAUCGAAAGUGAGAAAAGAUCAGCACAGGAGCGGAGGGACACAUUUCUGACCAGUGGUGUUGUGAAACAGCUCUCCAUUGUCUCCACCUGGGUUUGAAUGGGAAUGCGAGUACAGUCACAUGCUCCUAUAACUCCUGGAAAACCAGCUCUUCUAUCAAAUCCAGCAGAUGUUUCUCCUGUUGGGGAAAAUCUUAUAAAUGGAUUUUUCAAGGCUGCAAUUGCCCCGAUACUCUUCCAACAAUUCUGCUCACAGUUGAUUUAUGUACUCCAAAGAGGUCCCCAUCCACCAUUAGGAAACAACCAGUAGUGCAAAAGUGCAAGGCUGUUAAAAGCUGGGGCACGGGUGGUAUGGCUGCAUUCGUCACUGCCAGGUCUAACUGCAGGUUCAGUUUUUUAAUUUAAUCUAAUCACAGUUUCCGUGCUGAAUCGGUACUUGUUCAGCACCAUCCUAAAACUCAACAGGGUUGAGACAGUCGCUUAUUUUACUGCGAGGAUCUUUUUCAUCUUCUCCAAUCCACCAAACAAGUGCUGCCAUUUUGACAAUUUAAUCCUCCUCAAUAGCAAGAUUAAAUUUAAUCCCUAACUGAAAUUUAAAUCUGAGUUUAAAGUGAUGGAGCAACAGGAUUAUAGUUAAUCCAGGUUAAUUAUGAGAUUAAAUCCAGGAUUACAGUGAUGGUUUAAAUGUAAAUCUGUUUAUUUUUAAACAAGGUUUAAAGUUUGGUGCAACAGAAUUAUUAGAUAAAACUUGAUUUAAUCUAGAUUUAAGAUUAAUCCUUAUUGGUGCAUCUCACCCAUACAGUUGAAAUCAAAAUUAUUCAACCCCCAUUGUAAAUCAGGUUUACUGUCAAACAGACUUUCAGCAGUUUGCGAUGAACAAAUCAGACAAAAGCCACUGAAAUCGUUCAACACGACGAACGCUUCAAGUGGUUUCCCCAAAUUCAACUGAAAUGCUAAUAAUGACUUCUCCAGUCUCAAAACUAUUCAACCCCCUGAACAGAAUCCUUCAUAACGGCACAAAUAUGCAAAACAGGUGUUGUCUCCAGCACGCUUGAAUCAACUAAUCAAGGGCUUCUUUAAUUGCACCAGGUGUGCUUGAGCUGGAACACAUGAAAUACCUGAACUGGCUCGUUUAAAUCUACAUUUAAAAAAAAUUACUCCUUGCACAAUUAUACUGGAGGAUCAGGUGAUUUUGAAGAAUUUAAAAGUAUAAAAUAAAAUACUUUAAAAGUCAAGAGUAAAAUUAAUUGAUAAUUGGCGCACUUAUAUAGCGCUUUUAUCCAAAGCACUUUACACUGUGUCUCAUUCACCCAUUCACACACACACACACACACACCACUGGUAGCAGAGCUGCCAUGUAAGGUGCCAACUUGCCAUCAGGAGCAACUUGGGGUUCAUUGUCCCAAGGACACUUCAGCAUGUGGAGUCACGUGGGCCAGGAAUCAAACCGCCAACCCUACGAUUAGUGGACGACCCGCUCUACCACCUGAACCACAGCCCCCCAAUUGAUCUUCACUAUGUUCAAUCUAUCAGUUGGCAUUUCCUUCGCUCUGAAGGCCUCAGUCUUCCCCAUUACACAGAGGGCGGCACUGUGAAUGAUGUGACCCUAUAUUCCUUUGACAGCAACAUGAAGUCGACAGCUCCAUGUCCCGAAUGGCUCAACACUACAGCUGGUCAGCAACUCUGGAAAGAGGCCAGUUUUUUAUUUCACCACAACAUGGCAAAUAUGGAUUUAGCACUCCAAACAGCCAAAUCGCAGUUCAACCUCACAGGUUCACAUGCAGACAUUAACGUUUACCAAGCCUACAGUCGCUGUGACCUCUAUCCAGAUGGCACCACCAAGUCAUCGUUAACCCAUGCCUUCAAUGGGAAGGACUUCUUAAGUUUAGAUACGGACAGCAAGACGUUCAUCGCUUCUGUUCCUCAAGCCCUCAUAUAUAAAAGUAUUAGGGACAAGGAUAUAAUCUGGCUUGAAACCGUGGUGUCUUUCUACAAAAAGACCUGUUUUGACCGCCUUAGGAUGUUCUUAGAGCAUGCUCCUGGUGUCAGAAAUAAUAAAGCUCCACAGGUCAGGCUUUUCGAGAGGCAGAGCGCUGGUUCCACGCUCCUCACAUGUCAUGUGACUGGGUUUUACCCCAGAGCAGUGCAGGUGAAGUGGAUUGGGGCAGAUUUACAGCUGGUGGAUGACGAGAUGAAUCAUGUGCUGCCUAAUGGUGACGGCACGUUUCAGACCAGAAGCAGUGUGAUCAGACCUGAGGAGAACACAGGAGAUCAGCGCUACAGCUGUGUAGUGCAUCACAGCAGCCUAGAGGGAAAUAUUACAGUCACCUGGGGUAAAGAAGAGAAACCCUUCAGACUUUAUGUUUGGAUUACACUAGGCUGCGUUUUCAUCGUCACUGUAGUCGGGCUUGUAAUACGAGGCUUCUGUUAUAAUAAAGCUUUUGUUGUUGCAGGUCAAUUCAUUCUCCUCUCCUGAGAAGAUCGAGCUGUCUAUCCUCAACCUCAAACUCCUACAGUCCUCAGGUCUAGCUGUUUCUUCUCGGAUAUUUGCACACGUCUCGUCUUCACUCAAGUCAGUCUAAAUGAAGAAAGAGCAUUUCUCAGGCUCAGUCUGAACCACAAAUAAGCUUGAUUAAAAAUCCGUUUGUCACGUAACCCUUCACAUUAACGUUAAUUCUCAAAGUGUUACAUAGUUUUGCACGUCAGUAUAAUUAACAAACUUUUUUUUGCGUUAUUACAUUUAGUUUUACAAUAGCAGAUGUAUUACCUUUUCAUUUGAACUCUUUUUUUUACCAGGUGCCCAGGUUCAGCGUUGAAUUUAUUUGCGAUGUCACACUCCACAGUAGCGGUUAAUAGCUCAUAUGAAAGUAGACAUUCAAGGCUUUAACAAUUAGCAGUUUUUCACAAGUAUUUCUGUUUUGACCUAGCCACCUAGGGGCAAUAUAUUUAGAGAAAAGGGGUUUUUUUUUCACACAAAUGUUUAUUUCUUAUUCCUAUUCCUAUUCCUGCUCUCUGAGAUGCCACAAGUGCCAAUUAAUAUAUAAGAGCAUCAAUUAAUAUAGUUUGUUUGGUUUUCAUGAUGUGUUUGUGUAAAAAAAAGGGGGGGGGGGGGGUUGUUUUCGGUGUUUGUACUUUUUAAUUUUAUUUUCCUUUGUUAGUAUAAAAAGAAAAAAAACUGAACGAUUGUUGCUGUGUGUCAGACGGUUUGCUUUUCUUCUCAAUAAAAUAUUUUUGGGGGGGGGGGGGGGGGGUGUAUAAUUUGCUCCUUUGAUGUUAUUUAUUAUCUUUUACAUUAUUAUCUUAGUACAAUUCGGGUAUGAACAAAUGUUUUGUAACUGUCACGUUGUGAACAGUGUGCUGUCUGUGCUUUGUGAUUGGUGGUGGGUGUCUGGUUGAGAGAUUUCACAUCACACCCUUGUGAUGUGACUCAGAGUAAAUCGUCAGAUAACAAUACAGCCUACUGACAAGGAGGGAGAGAGAAGGAGAGAGAGCGGGGGUGGGGGGGGCUGUUUGUUUAACAUUCACCCUGAUCAACACCCGCAUUGUCAGCCUGCACAUGCUCAUGAUGGAUUUCUGUGUUGGCAGGAACACCACCUGUGUCUGUUGUAAAGAAUUAUUUGCCAACUGACUUAGAUGAAGAUGAGAGUAACGUUCUCAUCGCACCACUUCCUCAGGAAGUGUGGCUCUGUUUUUGUUUUCUCCUUCAUGUUCAGUCUUUGUUGUUUUCUUCACCUGUUCUUCUUAUCACCCGUGUCUAGUGAACGCUUGUGUGUAUAUUUACGUAUUGAGUUUAAGUUCUGUCAUGGGUUUUAGUUCGUUUGCGUUCUUUCACCCAUGAACUCCUUGUGUUUCAUUUGUUAAACACUGACUACUGUCUGUUUUUAUUGUUUUUGUUUUGUGUGUGAAAUUUAAACACCUGUUUAUCAGGUAGGUUUUAUUUAACUUCAUGUUUGUGUUAUUAUUUAUUUUCUUAGGCAUGAUUUUACGCUGACGUAUUAGAAGUCCAAGCACACUGUGCUACUGUGGAGGACUAGUUUUUGUUAAGAUGUUGUAGGGGUCCAGGCUCCUACUGUAAUGUUCGUUCCCGUAAAUAAAGGCUGAUUAGUUACGA